CAAGCUGUGCUUCAGACUUUCACUCAGCAAUAAAGAAAUACUUGCAGACUGUCAUGAGUAUUCGGACUCUGAAGAGAAUAUGCCGAAGACUUGGUUUGUAUCGAAGAAAGAACCAGUCAGACCUGGGAGAAGUGUUGGCUUUUAUCCAGCAUGAGAUCAUGACGAGUGGGCAGACGCAAGGUUAUCGAUGGCUUCAUCUACGAGCAAUUCAGAAAGGAUUUGUUGUGUCACAAGACACAAUACUGCAAAUGAUAAAAAUGGUUGACCCCGUUGGUGUGGAAUUAAGAAGAGCACGACGCCUACGAAGAGGGCAAUACAGCUGCAGAGGACCAAAUGCUGUUUGGCACAUGGAUGGCUAUGAGAAACUGAAACCCUAUGGGGUUGGCAUCCAUGGCUGCAUUGAUGGGUUUAGCCGAUAUGUAUUAUGGGCAGAGGCCUACACCACAAACAAUGAUCCGAAGGUGGCUGCAAGUUACUUUAUUCAAACAGUUUCACGCAUCGGUGGAUGCCCAGAAAGGAUCCGUGCUGACAGGGGCACAGAAAAUGGCCAUGUUGAACAGACGCAAAUGUUUUUGCGAAGAAACCACUCAGAUAGCUUUGCAGGGGACAAAAGCUUCCUUUAUGGAAGAAGUACCGCCAAUCAGCGCAUUGAAGGAUGGAGGACCACCCUCCAAUUCUGGAUGAAUUUAUUUCAAACUCUUCAGGAUGAUGGUCACUUCACAGGAAACCUUCUGGAUAAAAGCCUGAUCCAGUUCUGCUUUCUCAAUCUCAUGCAGGAUGAGCUGGAUGAAGUUGUGAACACAUGGAACUCCCACAAAAUAAGAUCAAGGCUGACCGGUGAUGCAGCUUCAGGUCGGCCAGUCGUCAUGUAUUCACUCCCUGCCAUUCACAGUGCUGAGGAUCGACUGACAUCUGCUGAAAUGGAAGAGCUCAUUGUAUGUAUGGAAGAGUGCACGGCAAAAGCCCCGUUUCCUUGUGAUGAAACUGUUUUUGAGCUGUGUUGUCUGCUCAUGGAGGAAAAUGAAUGGCAUGCUCCAUCAGAUCCAUCAGAUGCAAGUGAUUUGUACAUUACAUUGAGGGAAGAAAUAUUGAAGAUUGUAUGACACGUCUAUUGAUGUAAUAUUUAUUAAAACUUCAACAUCUAACUGUGCCAUUAAGAGAAUGACACAUUUUUUGUCCUUUGAGUUUAUGUAUUGUGAUUUUUCACACAUGACAUUUUAAAUGUAUUUUCUGUAAGUCACCAAUGA